AUGAAGUUGUUUCAAAGAUGGCGGAUUUCCUGCCGUCCCGCUCCGUUUUAUCUGUAUGUUUUCCUAACUGUCUCCUCACAAGUGGCGAGGCAGAACAGCUGCGGAAAUCUAAAGAGAUAGACAAGUGUCUUAAUCGAGAUAAGACUUAUGUAAAACGGUUAGUAAAGAUCCUAUUACUCGGAGCAGGCGAGAGCGGCAAGUCCACUUUCCUCAAGCAGAUGCGCAUCAUCCAUGGGCAGGACUUCGAUCAGAGGGCCAAAGAAGAAUUCAGAGCUACGAUUUUUAGUAAUGUUAUAAAAGGUAUUCGGGUAUUGGUUGAUGCCCGGGAGAAGCUGCACAUCCCAUGGGGUGACCCGUCCAAUCAGCAGCAUGGAGACACCAUGAUGGCCUUUGACACGCGGUCGGCUAUGGCCCACGGCCACGGCAUGGUGGAGACCAAGGUCUUCCUGCACUACCUGCCCUCCAUUCGGGCCCUGUGGGCCGACCAGGGCAUCCAGAACGCCUAUGACCGCCGCCGGGAAUUUCAGCUGGGGGAGUCAGUCAAGUAUUUCCUGGAUAAUUUGGAAAAGCUUGGACAGUCGGACUAUCUACCCAGCCAGCAGGACAUCCUCCUGGCCAGAAAGCCCACUAAGGGCAUCCACGAGUACGACUUUGAGAUCAAGAAUGUGCCCUUCAAGAUGGUGGAUGUGGGCGGCCAGCGGUCAGAGAGGCGGCGCUGGUUCGAAUGCUUUGACUCUGUCACCUCCAUCCUCUUCCUCGUCUCCUCCUCUGAAUACGACCAGGUGCUGAUGGAGGACCGGCAAACCAACCGGCUCAGCGAGUCGCUCAACAUCUUCGAAACCAUCGUCAACAACCGGGUGUUCAGCAACGUCUCCAUCAUCCUCUUCCUGAACAAGACAGACCUGCUGGAGGAGAAGGUGAAGCAGGUAUCCAUCAGGGACUACUUCCCCGAGUUCUCGGGUGACCCCACAAGCCUGGCCGACGUCCAGCGCUUCCUGGUCGAGUGUUUCCGCAACAAGCGGCGCGAGCAGCAGCAGAAGCCGCUCUACAACCACUUCACCACGGCCAUCAACACCGAGAACAUCCGGCUGGUGUUUCGCGACGUCAAGGACACCAUACUGCAUGACAACCUCAAGCAACUAAUGCUGCAGUGAGAGCGAGGAGGAAGGAUGGGUUGGAGGAGACACAACAAGGGUGGAACUGGUUUGGUUUGCCUCCCCUCCUGGAAAGCGAGGAGAGCUGGCUGCAGUGUCCUUCCACCCCUCCACUUUGAUCCGCUCUUCACUUUUUGAACUGUAAAGUGUAUUAAAGCCACCACUACUACCGCCAUGUCCCUGCCCCCACCGCCACGCCUCCUCUCGGCCUUAUCAAGCUCGUUCACUGUGACUUACAGCAGCUGCCUUCGGCACAGAGCCCUAACCACCCCCACUGACCCUUCAAAACCACUGUAAAUGACCUCUUGACCUUCCCCGUGCUCUUCCUGUGGACUGUUCCAGUUGGGACCUGUUGUGGUGUUUCCUCCUUAUCUGUUGCUCUAAUUCACCUUCACACACUGUCCUUUUCCUGUGCUGCUCUGAUCACUGUUGUAGAGGGGGAGUGGGCUCAUUUGACUGCGGUUAGAACUGCUCAGCUGGUUCAAAACGACACCCGAGCUCAAGGACUUGCCUUCAGUUGCAGAAUUGUUUUUGUUCCUUUUCUUGCUUUUACAUUUGCUCUCCACCGGCACUUGGUGAUGACAUCACUGCCAGCAGUGCUGGAGAUUUCUUCUGAGAGCAGUGGAACAGGGAAGAACAGGGCUAACACACACACACACACACACACACACACACACUGAUAGGAAUCCUGUUCUGAAGCCAAUGCCCCUCCCUCUUGCUGAUUCCUGCCAGGCAUAGUUAUAAUUUUUUUUUAAAACAUUUUGUUUCUUUUUAUUUCAUUUUUGUUCUAUUAAUAGAUAUAUGAAUAUAUGUACCUAUGCAUUUUUCUUUAACUUAUAUUCAUAGGGGUUUACACUUGUGGAUUUGUGACUGCUGAUGGACACUGUUACAGUCAGAGACAGGGGGGCUGGUGGGAGGAGACUCCACAUGCAGAGCGUGCUGGAAGGGCAGCUGAGGGCAGGGCCAAGUGACGCAAUGUAUUUAGCUAAUUCUCAGGGCACAUUGUGAACCACUUCUUUGUUGUUUGAAGCCACCAGUGUUUUGGCGCCUGCACCCUUUCACACACAAACUGGAGGUGAGCCUCCCCUCCCUCCCUUGAGAUUCUUUUCCUCUCUCCAGGUGGUCUUCCCUCCAUCUCUCUGCUCUGUGUUGGAGCAGAGAGAGCGCCUUGUCCUUCCUGAGCUAGCUCGAGCUAUUUGUGACCUGCGGCCCGUUUUCCUGUCAUUUUCCGCAGCGCUGAUUGAUUCAGGCCGGCUGCAUCGUGCUCAUUAGUGCAGAAAAGCAGCCUCAAUGUGGUCAAAACCUUCCUUUACCGUUUCACUGCAUUUAGAUUUCAUUUUUUUACAGCAAUACAAAAAGUUGUAGCAUGUGGCCCUGACAUACCUGCAGUACAGACAGAAGGAUUACGCUUUUUGCAUAUUUUACAGGAGUUUUGUUUGAUCCUAUAUCCUGUAUCUAAACAAAAGAUCUGACUUAAAUCCACCAUCAGAUCUGAACUUUUGAAUAGAGAGUUUUGGUAAUUAUAAAUAUAGAUUUCCUGUAAAUUUUUUUCACAUUUUCAGGCAAUUUUCUUGAAUUGUUUUUGCACAUUUUUUACUAAUAUAAUGGUAAUAUAAUGGUAAUUAAUUUGUUAUUUCCAAGCAGGAUUUUCCCUGGUGUUCCCAAACCUAUAGAUUUUGCAAUUUUCAAAUUUACUGCAAAUGAAUAUCAGCCCUAGCUAUUGGUUAUGGGUGGCGUGGAUUAUAAACAUCAGUAUCGGCCCUAAAUAAUUAAUAUGGGUCAGCUCCUUGAAAAAAAAAAAAAAAAAAGAUCUAAAUGCAAAUAGUGUAGAGUCGUGUCAGCAGGCCCAGCUGUGAAAGGCAGUGUGGGAGAAGGACGCCACAUCUGCCUCUGUGGCAAAGCUUUUGAGACGUUUUUUGCUCCCAAUCAAUCAGCAUGAUGGGAAAGAGGGCCCAGGCUGUUAACAACUGACACCAGAAUUUGAGGAGUCUCUUAGAGUCGCACACCCAAGCCUGUGAUUUUCAUCUGUCCACAGAGGACAAGGAGGAGGGGGGACCUGCCGUCUCUGUCCUUAUUUAUUGAAAGUAUUCUUGAGCUCUUUGUGGAGCCAGUCGUCUGGCUUUCCCUCGCCUCUGUUGCAAACGGCAAACACAAGAGGAGGCCGGCGUAAAGGAAGCAAGCUUUCUCUCACUGUCCCGUGUCGUGUUUUUCCUCAAAGGUACCUGUUAAUCCCGUCUAGCCGUCUCUCCCCUCCGUGUGUCCUCGGUUAAAAAUAAAACAAAAGGGACGGAGCCAGCUCGCAUAGUACUAGUGAAACUGACCAGCGAGCAUCAGUGUGUGGGCCGGCGUGAGUUGUUUAUAGGUUUUUGUACAGUCGCUCUUGUGACGCCGUCUCUGAUGUAAUAUAUAUCUAGCUGUGUAUCCCUCAAACAAGCCUCACUCUUUCUCUAACAGCUCAUGUAACCUUCCACCAGUGUAUCGUUUGUAUGGCUCCGGCUGUUGCAUUGAGACAUUUUCUCUAGUUUUUGACAUUUUGACUCCUGUGAAUGCAGGCAUGUGAUGCCUUUUCCUUAACCAGAGCAGAGGGUCUGAUAGACUGUCCUGUACUUUAACACUGAAGCAUGCACUGCACGAGUGAUUGUAUGCCACUAAUGUUCUCUAAAAAUUGAGAAAAUGACAGCAGCUCUAAAGCUAAAUGGCUAGUAAUCCUACAUAGUUGGCUAAGUCUCGCAAUUUUGUGUUGUAGGUUUGUAAAUUUGGCAUAAAAAUGAUUCAUGUGUAGAUACAUGAAACAUAAAAAGCACUGUUGGUUACCUGAAAUUAUCUCCAAAAUAAAGCUGCUCACAUUAGCUUUGUGGAAUUAAUGAUGUUUCAAAAUGAAUGAAUCUACAGAGCACAUAAUGAAAGGUGCUAACAAAUUUGCGUUGCUAAAAUGUCAGUCGUAUUUUGGGUAAUACUAGUGGCAUUCCAUCACUAAAUAUAGUGUAUGUUCAAGUGUUAGCACGGACCUGCUGUCAUUCAGCCAACAUAGCCUCUGCUGAAGUGUUAGCAUGGAGCAGCAGACAGCUCCUCAUGCUCAAAUUGACCAGCAGGCCAGUCGAACAGUGUGCACGCAGCAGAGUGGCCUGUGUGGGACACCCUGUGUGGGACAUCCUGUGUGGGACAUCCUGUGUGGGACACCCUGUGUGGGACACCCUGUGUGUCUCUUGUUUGCUGUUGGGGACAGUGAAAAGCUCAGCCCCAUCACAGGUGUGUGUCUGGGUUCAGAUUGGGUUGCUCUGCUGCACACAAGCAGAACAGGCCUGCCCCCCUGUGGUGGCCUCUGUCAGUGCUGAGAUUCACCACACACACACUCACACACACACACACACACACACACACACAGUUGUUUUAACAUACAUUGGCAUUCUGACAGCAGCAAAACCAAAUUGGUGAGUGAUGCCCCCCAUGCCAGGCGGGCUGUCCUGGCUUUUUGUUGGAAGCUGUGCUUUGAGCUGCAGCCUCCUGUGGAGCCUGAGGCCUUCAGAGUGCCUGUGCCGCUGCCACUCACCAUUUCUACCACCAAGGUGGGGUUUUUUGUUUUUGUUUUUUCCGAGCAGCGAUGUCCUGCUCCGUCUCUGCCUUAAGUCCCUCUCAGUCCCCAGUCCCACGUCUCCAGAUCAGGGCUCUGCUUGUUGAUGGAGAUGCUAAAGCACAUUCCACAAGGAUGAGUCUCUCUUCCUGUAUUUGGUGCCCUGCAGCCACGCCGGGCUGUGACACAACACAGGCCCUUCCAGCCGGACCGGGAGGACCAGCGGAGACGCUCUCUGCUCUGUGUCCAACUCGCUCCGCUUGGGUGGGAGUGACUCCCAGCUGCUCUCGUGCAGGGCUGCUCACAGGGCCCCCAGGCUUCCUUGAGCAGCUCACAGGGCCCCCAGUUAAAUGAGGUGUAGUUCAAAAGUUUUUUCACAAGCAUUUAAACACAAGAACGCUGAGCCAGCAUCACUGAUCUGACCUUUAAGCUUUUUUCUCAUUUUCUGGCCAUUUCUUUGUCUGGUCAUUUUUUACUAAUUUAUUUUUGCUAUUUUUGCUUUUGCUUUUUCUGCUUAUUUCCAGGGAAUUUCUUGCUAGUUUCCUCAUCAUUUUCUCAUCACCUUUCUCCAAUCUUUGGAAAAAGAAUCAAGUGGGGGAAAAGGGUGAAAUUGGAAUAUUAGCAAAAAAAAAAAAAAGAAAUUUGGUCUCCUAAUUUUCCACAAAAAAAUUAUAAUGAUUAAAAUUAUAUAAUUGAAAAAUCAAAAAAGCAGAUCAGUAAUGCUGGGUUGAUAGCAGGUUGCAUUCAGACGACUUUCACAAGCGUUUAGACACAAGAACUGUGAGCCACAAUCACUGAUCACUGACCUUUAAAUAAGGCACUCUAAUAAUUAGAAAUGCAGAUUUCUUGUAUAUGUAUCAUUGUCUUUACUAAUUUUCGGGUCAUUUCUUGCUCAUUCACUUGUCACCUUUUCCCCUUUUUAAAAAAAAAAAAAUUAGCAAAUGAGCAAAAAAAGAACUGGAACUCGAGUGAAAAAAGCAAAA